CUGUGAUCUUACUCCCGUGCGAAUCGGCCAUGACUGUAAUUUGUAAAGUAAAAAUUACCCCGCAAAUGACCUACCAUAUUUCGUAUUCUAAUAGUAUUUUGGGUGCUGUCAUAUUCACUGCACCAUACAAUUUGCCGAACAGUUGAACAUAUAUCAGCAUGAUAACUACUUUAAAUGACCAAUCCAUCUUUCGGAAAAUUGUAUUGGAAGUGUAAUUUAUUUGUUUACAUGGAGAGGUCGGGGUUUAUGACCUGUACUGCAGCCAGCCACCAGAGGGCGAUCAAAGAGCCCGCAGCUUCACUUUUCAGGACGUGUGAGGCACACCCGCCUCAAACCCAAACAUCUCAGGGUCAGAAUCCAAUCCCCAUUGGUCUACCAAAGGGAACGACCAUACCUCAAGCACAAUCUGGCACUAGACCAAAUCAGGCCAUGCCUCAGCCAUCCAUUCCUCUUACUGAGGCUGCACUUCGCCAACACACCGCCCAGAACGAUAACGCUUUCCCCAUCCGGAUCCAGCAGACUCAAGCUGCCUUGCAGAACCCUUGACAUUCUCAACCCGUCCAGCAGCUCAACAGAGCAGCCCAGAGGCCUCCUACUCCUCCUCCGGUGCUGCGGCUGGAUGAGUUCCAGAAACUUCUGCGUGAACGCAUGAAGCAGGCUGGCUGUAAACGUGCAACACAGACACAGAUCUCCAAACGUGCACAGGCAGACUCGAGUGUUGCAUAUGACCCCUCAACGAAUGCUGGGAGUGAAUCCCAUGCAUGCAACCAUGCAUGGACACCCAACCCAUAUGCGACAGCAGGUCCACAGAGGCAGACCCAGACGUUGAGAAAAUGCAGCGCUCGUCUGACUCGACACCAUUCGCACUGCGAAAAACUUUCAUACAAAGCACAGUGUCUCUCUGGUGGAAAGAAACAAACGCUCAGCCAUUCCUCCGGCCCUCGGCUUAUUGUGCCCUACAAAUCUUUGUUUGGUCAGAGACACGGCAUUAUUGAUAAAAAGACUGAUCUUUUUGUUUCUCCUGCACUGCUGUCACGUAGGCAUGUGAACAGGACACAGUGUGAAUUUCAUCCGUCUGAACAAUGCUGCUCUGGGAUUUUUCUUGCUCUCAAGUGUCUGAAAAUAAAACACAAUGCAGUGUUUUUCCACUGACAGGAAGACUUGAACAAAAUCCAAAUGAAUUAGGAUGGCUGGCAGAGCUGAACUACUAAAUGAUAAAUAAUAGACUGCCACUGUUUGUCCUCUCGCAACUAUUUAUUCAGCUUUCUGCUCACAGAUGCUUCUUGUAGCGCCGCUCAAUUAGUGCGAUCCGCUACGGUGCUUUUGUGGAUGGAUUGUGCAUUUGAGUAUGAAGGAGACCCACCUUACGGACGUGUAAUUAAUUAAGCUCUUUAAUUUUUAUGUUAAUGAUGUGGAAAAUGCUAAUGAGUUUAAGUAAAAUCGGUUGCUGACAGGCCUAGCAAAAAUAUGAUGAAAAGCAAAUGUUUGGUCAGAUGGUUUAUGUCAUGUACUGUGAGCAAACAGGAGGUUUUUACAAAUCAAUUCUCCCAAUUUGCAUCGCUUUGUUCUUCAUUACAUCUUUAAUACAAGAUUUCUCAAAGUUAGACACAGAAAUCAAUUUGCAAGUGAAGUAACAGAGCACUACUGAAGUCACAAGAAGAGGUGCAGCAUGUGUCAAAGUGACAUAAUGAGAAAAAGCUUAAAAGGAGCGUAACAUUAUCACUUCUGAAUCUGUGGUGUGGGCUGAUUAAUUAAGAGCGUUCACUGCAUUUAGUGACGAUGGCGUGGACGGUGGCUAUGAGUAACCUGGUGUUAGCGGUCUAUGGAUUCACUCUGAUCACAGGCCUUCCCGCCAAUGUCUUGGCUUUCUACACCUUCUUGCAGAAGAUCCGCCAGCGCUCCACCCCAAUGGACGUGCUGUUACUCAGUUUAACCAUCUCCGACCUGAUCUUCCUCUUCUUCCUGCCGUUUCGCAUGGUGGAGGCGGCCAACAUGAAAUGGACGCUGCCUUACUUCCUCUGCCCGCUGUCGGGAUUCAUCUUCUACUCGGUCAUCGCCAACAGCGUCCUUCACCUGACGGCCAUCAGCGUGGAGCGCUACCUGGGUGUGGCUUUCCCCAUUAAAUACAAGCUCAAACGCAACCCCAGGAGUGCAGUGAUAGCCUGCGUCAUAUUCUGGGUGAUCUCCAUGGCGCACUGCAGUAUCGUCUACAUCAUUCAAUACCACAACUAUUUCAACCCCAACACCACUGAUCCAUCCAAACGUAACACCUGUUAUGACGAAUUCACUGACGAACAACUCAAGAUCCUCCUUCCGGUUCGCCUGGAGCUUUCUGUUGUCUUCUUCUUGAUCCCUUUCCUUAUCUGCUUCUUCUGCUACAUCCACUGCAUCCGCAUACUUUCCCGACUAUCCAACGUCAACGUCAAGAAGCGGUUUAGAGCCAUCGGGAUGGCGUUGGGCACACUUCUGGUCUUCGUUAUCUGUUUCAUGCCCUUCAACAUCUCACACGUGGAGGGAUUCAUAAGCGGCAAGAGCUCUGAAUGGAGAGAACCUGCUUUACUCACCAGCACGCUGAAUGCAUGUUUCGACCCUUUCAUUUUCUACUUCUCUUCUUCUGCACUCAGAGCGACUUUCAAGAAGGUGUUGCAGGGGCUGGCGAGGCGUUUGCUCCCUCGUUACUGCCGCUCGGCUCUCUGCUGCCCUUUAUUCAACCGUGGGAAACCAGACGAGCGUACGCAGAGCACUGAUGACAGCAUCCGCUAACAUUUCAAGCCAGUUUUUGCAUUAAUAAUCUGCCUGCGUGUGCAUCAGCAAUGCAUACCAUUCAGUCCAAAGCCAAUUAAUAUAAUUCUGAUGCACCACCAUGACCCAAUGCUUUAUGGAUAGACAGAAGAGCAGCACAGAAAUGGUUCCAGCAUGAUUGCAUGACUAUUUAACCUAAACCUUUGCGGCAGCCGUUUCGUUCACAAUGAAACGAAGAGCUUGAGAAAACAAAUUACAGUGCAAAAAGCAAUUGUAUCUGCAUUUUUUCAUCUAACAUUUGAACUAAUACGCAGCAUUCACUAACAGCAAUGCUAUAAAUAUAAUCAAAACAACUUUGUAAAACAAGUUUUCUUUGCUUAAUAAAAGAAACUAAUACAAAUUAUGCAUCCGUUCUUUAUUCCUCCGUCCUGAACUACUCACUCAUUAUGCAUGAAUGCUGUUUAUUUUCUACACAGCACUUAAUAUGCACUGCUUGUUUAUAACCUGCCAUCUCUUGAGACAGACCAACACAAACAUGUUCCUGUGAUGUCGCUUCCUGUUCCUGAUACAGCGUUUGGAGUGCGGGUGGGAGGACGGUUGAAUUGCAUGUGGUGCAGUUGCAUUAACAGCUCAAAUGAUUGGCUCAUACAGGUAUGUUUUUCCAUGAGCAAAGAUGGCAGGUUGCACGUUGCUUACUUACAAGACUGCAUUUGCUAGUCAAGCCACUGAUAUUAAGAUGAAUGGGAAUGCAAACAAAUAGAUGUGCAUUCUUUAAAUAAACAAGUUCAAAGAUCGUACAGCUUUGCUUAAAUACCUUUUGUGCAUUGUAUUGCAUUGCAUGUGAGUUUCGUACAGUUUUGCCUAAAUAUUUUUUGUGCAUUGCAUUGCAUGUGAGUUUGCAUUCUUUAGUGCAUUGCCAUCAUACCAUGCAAGUUUACUAGAUAACAGCCAUAAACAUCACAUCUAUUUAUAGCUGCUACUGUAUUAUUCUCAGCAAUGCUGUCCACUUUAGC